CAGAAUGAAGGAAGCAAAAUUUAUUAUAUUUUUCUCGAUUUCUCUGAUCUUUGGAUACGUUCUUUCAAAAGUGAAUGAUCAAAAUGAAAAUGAAUUGCUUCGCAGUCCCACUUCUGGAAAAACAUCCCAAAUUUUACAAGAGAUUCUCAAACAAGAAUCUUAUCUGCGUUUUUCUAUAGUGCAAAAGAUCCAAAAUUUGGUCAUGAAUGCGAUAGAUAAUAAUAACAUUACUAAAAGGUUAACGGAGAAGCUUGAUUCUUUAGGAAACAAAGUUACCUCUAUUCAAUCUAUUCAAUCAGAGAACCGAAAAUUAGAAGACACAUUGGAUGAAGCAUUGGAUGAUUUCCAAGAGGGCCAGAAUGCCACAACCGUACAGUUACAGAGGAUACCUUCUCUUCAUCAUUCAACUUGUGAACAUGACUGGAUUCAGCUGGCAAACAGCUGUUAUCUGUUUUCAAGUGAAAGUGCAAAUUUUAGUGAUGCUAUGGUAAGUUACAAAUGUAACAAAAUGGUGUUCCAGUGUAAAAUCCGGUGCAACAUUCUAGAGAUUCGGACUCCCGAAGAAGAAAAGUGGAUUGAUUUCUACUUAAAGAUUAAAGGUAUUCGAAACAUUUGGAUUGGAUUGACGGUUGUAGUAAAGGAAAACGAAUUUGUCUAUGAAUCUGAUGGACAGAAACCCAACUAUACAAACUGGAGGAUUGGUGAACCCAACAAUGUAAAAGGUUCUGAGCAUUGUACAGAAAAGGAGAGGAGUUCUGGUUGGAAUGACAUUAACUGUAACAGAAAAUUUAGAUUUCUCUGUAAGACCGACUGAAACAAAAAGGAAUUUCCACUUAACCUGAUUUGUAUACUCAGUUUGGAAAUAUAGAGUGUAUUUCAAAGAUCAGAAUAAUAAACUGUAAAUUAUUAAUGUUCCAAACAUAACUUGAAGUUACUCUCAUUUAACUACUACGACUUUUAGUUCCCUACUUUUUUUCAACACAAUU